ACCACCAGAGGCGCCCGCGACGAAGGCGGCUGGAAAGGCGACUCGUGUCACUGAACGCGGUGUAUGGCCGCUGUCAGUGCGCGUGUCGUCGUCGCCGGGAGGGCUCGUGUGUUGGCUCACAGACUGCGCCGUCAAACGCGUGCACGUUGCCGCCGCUCCUAAGCGCACUUUCCGAGGCGCUUGAAAAUGGCCGAGGACGACGGACGGGUGAAGCUGAAGAAGGAGAUCGGCCUCUUCAGUGGCGUCAUGAUCGUGGUCGGCACUAUAAUCGGCUCCGGUAUUUUCGUCUCCCCGAAGGGAGUGUUCGAGCACGCCGGCUCUGUAGGCGCCUCGCUUGUCAUAUGGGUACUGUGCGGGCUGUUUUCCAUGAUCGGCGCCGUAUGCUACGCCGAGCUGGGCACCUCCAUUCCACGAUCCGGCGGCGACUACGCGUACGUGCUGGAAGCGUUCGGCCCGCUCUCCGCUUUCCUGAGGCUCUGGGUGACGGUGUUGGUGGUGCAGCCGGCCACGCUCGCCGUUCUCAGCCUUACGUUCGCCACAUACAUGGUGAAGCCCUUGUACCCGGACUGCGAACCACCGGACUUGGCACUCAGGCUCAUGGCCAUCGUCUGCCUCUGUUUAUUGACGUACGUGAACUGCAAGAGUGUCAAGCUGGCGAUGAAGGUACAGGACGUCUUCACCACAGCCAAACUGGCAGCGCUGGCACUUAUCAUCGUCACAGGCAUCGUUCGGAUUGCGCAAGGAGAAGUCGGGUACCUGCAAAACAGUUUCGAGGGAGAAUACUCUGUUGGUGGGAUCUCGCUGUCUUUUUAUGCCGGCCUUUUUGCCUUCGGCGGAUGGAAUUAUUUGAAUUAUGUGUCCGAGGAAUUGAAGGAUCCAAACAAAAACCUGCCGAGAGCUAUAUACAUCGGUAUUACGCUUGUGACGGUCGUUUACGUCCUGGCCAACGUUGCCUACUUCACAGCAGUAUCUCCCCAAGAAAUGCUCGCAUCGCCGGCUGUUGCUGUGACGUUCGCACAGCAUACAAUUGGUGCCGUAGCGUGGAUCAUGCCAGUAUUUGUGAGCUUGUCCACUUUUGGAGGCUUGAAUGGGAUCAUGUUUACUAUUGCAAGAUUAUUCUUCAUUGGAGCAUUGGAAGGGCACCUUCCCAUGAUAUUUGGCAUGAUACACACGACAAAGCUAACUCCGACGCCGCCUCUUUUAUUAUCUUGUGCAGUGGCGCUGCUGAUGUUUUCGACGAGCGACAUCUUCGUCCUCAUCAACUAUCUGAGCUUCAACCAGUGGCUGUGGGUGGGCGUCUCCAUCUUGGGCAUGCUCUGGCUGCGUUACAAAAGACCUAACAUGCACAGGCCAAUCAAGGUUCCUCUUAUCUUCCCCAUUGUGUUCCUGGCCAUGUGCACCUUCCUUACGUUCAUGCCCUUGUAUGCCAGCCCCAAGGAGACUGGAAUGGGCCUUGUAAUUCUUAUCACUGGCAUUCCAGCUUAUUACGUCUUCGUUAUUUGGAGUCCGAAAAACAAAGUGAUCCGAAAGGUUUCUGAAUUUAUGACAAUAGAGAUGCAGAAGUAUCUGGAAGUCAUAUAUCCUGAACAAGAAGAAAAGCUUCUGAAAGUUGAAUCCUGAAGGCUGCCAUCUUGCUUUCAGGAACCUAAUUCUAAAGGACCAUUCAGCUCAUUUACUGCAGAGUGUGUCCCCAUACUGAACCCGUGUCGUUUCAGUGUGGGAACAACGACGUCAAAAGCAGGGAAAACACCGGCGUAUGUUAAUUUUUGGCAGAUUGUUAAAAUACUUAUCGCAGCCAAGCAUUAGUGAAUGUUGCUAUACCAAAAAAGGAAUGGCUUAACUUCUUGUAGCGUGCCAGAAACUUACGUGCAAACUGACAUGAUGAACUGGAGGAACGAGAACAUAAUGGCGACGGUAGUAACAAGUCAAAAUUCAAUUUUUAUUUCCAGCUAAAUGAGCUCGAAAAAGUAUUGUCGUGUGUUGAUUACUCGUCUUCCAGUGCCUUGGUACGUCAGGAAGACUGUACCAUUUUCUGAUAUAGUAGAAUGUGCGAAUUAGUAGGCUUUACUCUGUCAAGGAAUAGCGUAAAUUUUUAUCACAAAGUUGUGUUUAACUGCCUGAUUGCUGCUGAGUCUAAUCUUGGAAAAUCUAGCUCAAGUAAGGAAGGAAGGAUGGGAUGAUAUUUAGCGUGAGUGCCGGGAGUGGUUUUAUUUCUCGGAAGGUACUGCGGCUCUUCACUAAGUUGUGAUCGCCGUUCCAAAAACAAAUUGUCAUUUCGUCAUGCCUUGAGUGCUGCUGCGUUGCCGUCGUUGCCGUGAACGAACGUCCGGCCCCUGGGCAAUGGUGUCAAAUCAAAGAAAACGCUUCAUCCACGCAAAAAUUAUACCUGCUGCCUUUCGGAGCGUAGUAUCUCGCACUACGAAAGGCAACCGAGGUGUAGUCGAGCUUAUGCGGGCGGCUGUGUACGCGAAAGGAAAACAAUUUCUCCCCUAGCAUCCGGCCAGAGAUCGUUUUCCCGUCACCGCGUGCACGCCAACGCCUCCGUUUACAGUCGUCAGUGGUUCUGAUGCGCAUCGCGCCACCUGAAGCGUCACCUGCUAAUCGGCAUGAUCAAAAGACGCCUCUGAUUGUGGCGUUAGACAGGGACCGUAUAACGUAAAGCUACUACAUUCUGACUUUAUUCCAGUUUCUUCGUGUCAAAUUUGCCUAACCGCAGACGCAAACAUCGGGCGGUGCAAAAAAAUAUUCGGUUUUGUUCGGCAUAGUAAUAAAUAUUUAGUGCGUACACGUCAAGGUGUCGUAGUGAGUUCUCGCAGUUUGCUGACGUCGCCUGACAGACAGGUGAAGUGAGCGGGCGCAGCCCGAAAAUUCUUGACCGCUCGCAUAGGGCUCAUGGCGAAAAAGGCGCACAAUCUAAGGUUUUCUUUGCUUUUGUUCGGCCUAACCAUGCUUAAUCAGUGUGUACAAGUGAUAUCAGAUGGACAGUUUUCAUGGUUUUCGGGACGUCGCAUUACAGAGAGGCAAAUGGGGGUGGCCCGAAAAGAUUUUGACCAAUCGUGGAGUACUAGUGGCAGAACUGGAAUAUAAACAGAUUGGAAUAGUUGUACGUUAUAGCACCCGAGGGGCCCUAUAACGUAAAACUAUUUGAAUAUGUUUUUAUUCCAAUCUCCUGACGUCAAAUUUGCGUAACCGCCGACGCAGGCAUCGGGCGGUGACCCGAAGGGUUCUCCAAACAGACCAAUCAAACGCUCUCCUCGUUUUUAGGAGGUCAAUUUUGUUUGCUUUAAAAACGAAUAACAUUGCCUACAAUGAGCGGCUUGUCUUAUGUAAUUGGGUGAUAAGAGGCGAGGAGCACGCUCAAGUGGAUAGGGAUUCGAUGGGGCCGAGCCAGUGCAUUGAAAAUCGAUAACCGGAUGAAGAAGGUGGUGGCGGCGUCUGCGAUUGGUCGGUUUUUCCUUACUUAUCUUGCGGUGGCUGGUCGAAGAUCGCGGCGGCAUGCAAUAAGAGGUUAAGAAUGCCGCUAAAAAGGAUCCUCAGCAAAGAAAAGUUGUCUGAGCGAGGUCGUAGACGUGCCGAAAGUGCUCGAAAACAUCGUUGCAUGGCGAAGCAAAAAGCUUUAUUGUACGCAAACAAACCCAUGCUCUCCGGGAGGUGGGAGUAGCCAGUGCCGGAGCGAUCGGCGGCAGCCAUCUUUUAUCCCUUUCGGAACGGGGCAGGGCCGGUAUUUUGUAGCGAUGCCUUUUCCGAUUCUAUGCUUUCUUCAUGCUUUUCGCGCUUGGCCAGUGGUCAGAGCGACGGUCUGCCCACAUUAUCAACGAGAUCAGGCGGCCGUGUGUGGUGGAUGAUAAGAAUAGCAUAGAAUAAGGCACAAGGCAUCGCUACAAAAUAGCGGCCCAGCCUGCGACUAUUCAGAGAAAAGUUCAGUUUUGUUCGGCAUAUUAAUGCAUCUUUAACGCGUACACUUCACUUUCACGCGGUGAGUUUCCGCGGUUUUGUGACGUCGCGGGAAAGGCAGGUGAAAUAGGUGUAGCACGAAAACUUUUGACCAUUAGCCGAGGGCUAAUGGCGAAAAGGCGUCGAAUCAGAAAUAGCUAUUUUUCUUUUGUUCAGUCCAAUCAUGCAUAAUCAGAGUGCACACGUCAUAUCAGAUGGGAAACUAUCGUGGUUUGCGUGACGUCAUGUGACUGACCGGCGAAGCGAGGCUGUCCCAAAAAAGUUCUUGACCAAUCGCGGAAGGCUGAUUGCAGAAUUGGAAUAGAAAAAGUUUGGAAUAUCUUUACGUUAUAGCGCCCCAGGUCUGACAAUGUUACGCGCGUAUACGGGUGUAAGUUACGUGCCAAUGAAUUGACAGGUAUUGUUACUUUUUCAUUACCGAGGGCACUGGGAAUGCUACGGUAAAUGCGAUUGACUAGUCUUCACAAAUUACGGGGCCAGACGCUGUCUUAGUUUUAAUUCUUUGUGCUCAAAGUCUACCGACGGACAUAUUCGUUGUCUGAGGUCGUACGGCUUCUUGGUGCGGUGUGUUCGCUGAUUGAUAUCUCUCCUUACCAAUUUUGCCAUUGCCUGUCAGUUUUGUCUCGUAUUCACGUCGUCUUGUUUCCAUGGCAUCGUGACGAGGAACUGAGCACUCUAAUAAUCAUUUGUUGUUUUAGAGUUUUUACGUUGUCCGCCAAUGCUGGUGUCCUGCCGAAUCAAACUAGCAAAACGAAUGUUUGUCGCUCUGCCGUUUUCCAGGCGUUUCAUCCAGUUCUUCAUGUUUGUUGCUGGGAUUGGUUGUGCUGGCUUCUAACCGGUGUACUUUAUACAUAUUUUUACUCUGUGCCGCAGGAACGCAACAUAUGUUGUUCAUUUAAAAAUGCAUCAAGGCAUACCGUUACUUGUGAUAGAGGAAGCGAUAUAUGGUUCCGAAGGAAGAAAGUGUAAUGAUUAUUGUAGAUUCUUGCAACUACUUUUUUGCAAUAAGGUUGUUGAAAAGUAGAAUUGACUUUUUUGAUAUCAUGGCAUACCUUUCGAUAGGCUUGCAAGUGUGGGCACCUUAGUAAGCAGUGGGCACAACAUAUCAAGAGUCGAGUAUAUUUUUGAUGCUGCCUCGGUGCCCAAGGCUUAAGUAGCUCUUAAUAGUCUUGUUCAUAAAUAUAGUAUUAAGGAAAUUAAUGCCGAUGGACGCUCAGUGAUAUAGUGUGGUGAUGCUUUAGGAAGUAUAAGUUGUGGCACAUUUUUGUACAGAACAUUGCACUGCGUUCCCAUAGCAAUGUAGCGCAAGUAGUGCCAAAUAUCGUCUUUAUUGUGUUGAUUUUCAUGCAUAUUACAUUGGCUCGUCUUUUCCCAGUGGUAAUGCACCUGAGCCAUUGGUUGAGGCUGGUUCGUUUUUUCUUUCGCACAGCACUGAAGGGGGCAAAUGAGUGCUAGGGCUGUUAGGACAGAAUAUCGAGUGUGCCAUAAUUGUAUAUUCCAAUAAGUACUGUACGCUGUGGACUGUUUGAUUUUCAUCCUGGCUAUGAAAUAGCAGUCUCACAUUUUCUUUCUAAAUCAAGCGGUGUGUUUUCCCCAGCAAGUGCCACCUUAUUUUAUUGAGAAAGGCAUCUAUUCAAAGUACACGAGGGCCGACGGUGGUAGCGGAGUUAAACGCCAGCGCAGUGGUCCGUAGAGAGCUUUCAGUAUUUGCGUUUGUUGUUGCGUAGUGAGGCAGUGUAUGAAUGUGCGUCUUUAGUAAAUGAAAAACAAGCACAGAAGCUUUUGAAAGGAGGUAGUAGUCAAAUUCGAUCAUUACAUUUUCGUCCAUUGUUAUAGCCAGCGACUGGGACGUACAAAAUUUUUGUUGCGUCUGCAGGCCGGGAGGAAUUUGUUCUCUGCUCGGGCUACUAGUCACUGACUGAGUGUAACACGAUUGAUGUGCAUGGUUAUCGUUGUUUACGUUGAGGAAAGUGAUGCAGGUAUAUUGAGAUGUUAUAUGUAAAGCAGGUUGGGAAAAUGGUUGGCAGGCGAUGUUUCAAGUAAGCACAAGAAAAGCUAUGCCCAGCUCUAAGUGAUAAUGUCUACACUGAAGUAACAAUAUUGACAUCAAGAUACCUCCUAAUGUUUUACCAUUUGCUGUGGAAUUUCAGCGGAUAUAUAUUUCAGCGGAUAUGUAUUGCUGCUUAUUUGGUCACGUCUUCUGCACUAGGGUCCUCGACUGCGCUUGAAUCAUGUUUCCUAUCAUCGUUCGGCUAUAGCUACAUGACGUAUUUGUUACUUUUCUAAAAGCACUUAAUAGUUGUGCUUCGCUGUACUGUACAUCAUAUUCUAUUCCAACAUCAGGCAGGGACAGCUGCUUACCUUGACUUUUUUCUUUUGUUACGUGUCCCCUCACUGAUCUUAAAUGUCAUACGAUUUGCUUUGUUAUGUCAUAAAGUGAACCAACGACACUACAUACAAUACAUCGUAUAGAGCAUUUGGUCACACCUCACUCUUCUUGUUAACCGCAUCAGAGUGUGGUUCACUAUGCAUUUAGCAGCAGCAUUAGGACAAACGUUGCGACUUCGGACAGUUGUGGUGUAUAGUUCGAAAAUCGGUUGACAGUAGUGGCUAACUAAAGGCCAGAGUUUUUAAGAUUUCCAUGUGACUUUGGUCUACAGUAUCUGUACGGACCACCUACUUCAAACAAUUCUUAAAAGCGACCCAACAACAUUCCUGUUUGAAUUUUCAUCCAUUUCAUUCCUUUAAAUUGUUCGUGUGUUCAUUUGUCUUAACGUGCACCUACAAUGAUGAGAAAAGAGGCAAAACAAAGAAACGACCACGUUAGAGAGUGACCUUGCAUGUCACUUUUAAAACGACUCAUAGUAUAGUCAACAUUCCACGUCUUGUGCUCUACAAAUGCCUGUCGAAAUAACCUUUCUAUACAUGUCACUUUCUCAGUGUGGUUUGGAACGUGUAUAUCUAUACAUUUUCUAAUGAGCAUACUUGGCAGCGUUUUUGCUUUUUUGAGCAACCUGGUACUAAAAAGCAAGCUCGUUUGAUGUUUGACCGAAGACAACCUGUACAGCGCUUUUUGGCCAAUAAACUGUUCUUUGUACAAAUCUA